GGUCCCGCUCAAUGAAAGUCGAGGCGCAUUUUGUCGCAAAUCCCUCGCUUCAAAAUUCCAUUUCCUGUGCUGAGUUUGUGGCGCCUCUGAACAUGGGAGGAGUCACAGGGCAGGUGCAGUUUGACUCCUCCUCACUGACAGCCAUUGUCACUGUGUCUGGCACUGGAUCCUGUGGUCCACUUAACUUUUCCCUUAGUGAGUUCCCCGUCAUGUAUGGCCAUUAUGCUCAACCUUGUUCAGAAGCAAAUAUUGGCUCCAGCGUUUUUGCCUUCACGGCUGAUCCUGCCUCAAACUCCACCACUGAUGUGUCAAAGCUCUUUGAACAAAGUCCAAACCUGGAUGACUACUCCCUGACUUUGCAGACAUGUAAUGGCACUAAAGUGUGCACAGUUGUAAGUCGAGGUCAAACACUCUUGACUCGUCAGGUCAGGUUCACCGGACCUAUCGCUGGUAACGUUUACAUCCGCCUCAACACAGGAGAGAGUAAUCCCAGGCUUCUUGCAGACCUUGUUACAAUUGGUCAGGUUAAUGCCUCACAAACCAAUAUAACUCUCUUUGGAUCUACGAGCACCGCUGCAAGCUGUAAUGUUCUACUUGGAAGCUUAGACACUUCGGCUUUGACAAAUUUGGGUGUAGUGAAGGUUGGAACCCCUUCGCAACCUGAGAAGUCCCGUCUGAACCAGACCAGCUUCAGCAUCAGCACUGGCUUUCUUCUCUUCCGGAUGGGGUCAAGUUACAAGUGUGCUCAGAUUUAUAAUGUCCCAGGGAAACAGGUGACUGCUGUUGUUAAUAUGAGAGGGAUCAAAGGAUAUUUCAGCUUCCGUCAGGCUUCCCCGUUUGAUGUCACAGAGUUGAGGGUGAAUCUAACUAACUUACAGAGCAGAGUUGGCCCUUACCAUGUCCACCAUUUUCCUGUCCCUUCAGUCCGGUCUCCUUCAUCAAGCCUGUGUUCAAAUGACAAUGUGGGUGGCCACUGGAACCCAUUCAAAGUCAACACCAGUGACCCAACGUACCCGAAAGUCCCUGGUUCAACACAUGACAGGUAUGAGAUCGGUGACCUAAGCGCCAAGCAUAUGUCCCUCGCAGGUAAAAAUGAGGUGGAUAUAGUGUUCAAGGACUUCAACCUCCCUCUGUUUGGACAGAACAGUAUCGUAGGUCGCUCGGUUGUGAUUCACCAAACAGACAGUGCCAGGUAUGUUUGCGCGAGCAUCAGCUAUCCAGGUGAAAUGAUCGUUGCCAAAGCCAGAUUUCAGAGCCCUGUGGUUGGUGAGAUCUGGUUCACCCAGCUGAAAAACAACCCUUUGUCUGACGUAUCCAUCUUCAUGGAUUUGUCUUAUGGAAAUCCCACAAUGACAACAACCAGAAAUCACAACUGGCAUGUUCACACCUACCCCAUCAGCUCAGAGAGGGAUGAUGAUAAAAGGCGCUGCAGCACGACAGGUGGACACUGGAACCCCUUUAACAUCAACACAGGAGACAGCAGCUAUGCCCUCCAGUGUGCCCCAUCCAGUCCCUUAUCCUGUGAAGUGGGAGACCUGUCCAGGAAACACAGCACCAUCAACCUCGGCACCAGAUUGGGCGCAGUAGAAGCAAAAAACUUCUUCACUGAUGUCACUUCCUGGCUGCCUGUGUCAGGCAUUACUGGUCGUUCUGUGGUCAUCCAUCAAGCAGAAAGAGGGGGGCCAAGGAUUGCUUGUGCCAACAUUACAAUGGUGCGGGUCCCAAAAGCUAGCUUAGGUAGCUGGUUUGGCCCUGGGAUUUCCAGCGGCCAGAUGUGGUUCUCCCAGGCUGUCCCACAAGGCCCCACAACUAUAAACAUAUCCUUGAUGAACCUGAACUCCUUAGCUGGGGGUUACCAUGUUCACAUACUGCCCAUCAAACGGGGCAGUGUAGAUCCCUGCUCAAACGCAAACAUCAUGGGCCACUUCAACCCAUUAGCCUGGAACGUAUCUAACUCUCCCACACCGGGAGCUGGCACUGUGGACCAGUAUGAGAUUGGAGACAUCAGUGGGAAGUUUGGAAUGCUGAAUGGCCUCAACAAAUCUGAGGCUCUGUACAUGGACCCUAAUAUGCCAUUAACUGGACCCUACAACAUAGUGGGAAGGUCACUGGUUGUUCACUACGCCAAUGGAUCAAGAAUGAGGUGUGCUGACAUCUCAGCUGACAGAGAUGCAGAUGGACAAUGGGCUAUUGCGAAGGCUGUUUUCAAUGGUACAGUGACUGGGACAAUCCGACUGCACCAGCAGAUGUUUCCUGAUGGGAGUAGCAGUGAUAUCACACUGGAGGUGGCACUUCAAUCAUCAGCAAAACAAAAUACAACUGUGGCAUCCUUGUUCAUCACACACAACCGUGUGGACGCCAGCAACCGCCAGUGCAACGUUGUAGGAGACACGUACAAUCCCUUCAACAUGACAUCAAUGAACGCCAGGUGUUCAUUAGAAAACCCUCUGAACUGUGUGGUGGGGGAGAUAUCGGCAAGACAAGGCCCAGUCAGUCUGACUGAGGGUCAGCUUUACACUGACAGUAUCAUCCAGCUCUCUGGGGACAACACAGUGGUCCACAGAUCUCUAGUGCUGAAGAAUGGAGACAGCAUCAUUGCAUGUACAGACAUCCUCCCAGAAUCCCCUGCAGCGGAGCAGACCUUUCUCAGUGUGACUAACUUCAGCAGAUAUGACUUCCGUAGGAGGGUAGCAGAUGUCCUGCAGUUGGAAAUAGCAAGAGUCACCAUCCUGCCCAGCUCUCCCCUCUCUGCAGCAGGUGGAAGGUGCCAGCGAGUCAGCUUCAUGGUAUCUGGGGAUAUCAGCAAAGAACUUCUGAAAUCUGUCAAAACCAGUGAGAAGAUGGGCAUGUUCAGAGAGUCUGAUUCAUGUACAAGAAGUGCGGGUAUGCCGCUGGUGGCAGGAAGCUUUCUUCUUGGCUUGAUGUUUGCUGCUGCCUGCCUGCUGCCAUCUUCGUCUUUUUUAUAACUCAGAGAUUCAGACACGCCAUGCAUUGUCAGGGGGGAUACAUGGACCCUCAUACUGUAAAACUGUGACUAUGUGAUGUGAAAUAUGAAAUCUAGCCGAUCAAAUAAUGGUUUAAUUAUGGAUAUUAAUUAUCAAACAAAUAAUAACUGUCUCUUUGUACAAAUUUUGCAAUCAAAUAAGGAUCUUGCCAUUUUACAUUUAAUUUUUGUAAUAACCAUUCUAAGCAACAAGCUGUUCCUUAACUGUUCAGUGUAACUUUUAAAAAAGCUUCGGGUUUUUCACAACAGAUAUAGCUCAUAUUUUAUUGGAGUGGAGUAAAUGCAUUCUAAUUUCAGCUUUCCAGACUUUUUCUUUAUGUAUGCACUAUCCAUAA